AUGGAGAAAAAAGACGAUUCCACCUUCAACGCUAUGAACAACAUCAGCAGCAACAGCAGCUACAACAACUAUGGCAGCAACGCCUUUCUCCAGUCCGUGUCGGAAAUCCACACGCCGCUGAGCAAGCGCGAGACCAACAGCGACAUCCACUACCGACCGUCCGCGUUCGCGGCGUCGCUUCGUGAGACCACGAAUCACAAGUUCCAUCCCGGCAGCGCGGUUCACCACGGGAGCUACGGAACGCCGUUCACGGGAACGCGAGGCGGGACGCCGUUCACGGGAGCGCGAGGAGGGACGAGGGUGCGUCAGUCGCCGGCGGUGCAGAGGAAGGAGGUGCUCCAGCUUAUGGAGGAGCGCGAUGAAGCGCAACGAGCGGCCAAGGCGAUCUUCGAGGAGAAACGGGACCUCGAGGCGGUGCACGAGCGGCUACUGGAGGAGUUCGAGGAGAAGGAGAUGGAGUUGGAGGAGGCGAUGGCUGCCAGGGACACGGAGGUCAACCGACGGAAGCAACUCGAGAACGCACUGGCAGUGGCGGAAGGGAAGGACGGAGACGGAUGGCGGCGACUGCAGAGGGAGCAGCAGCUGCAGGAGCAGGUGCAGGCGCUGAGGCGGGAGACAGCAGGGCUGAAGCGACAGGUGGAGGAGGCGAAGUGGCGCGAGGAGGAGACGAAGGAGAAGCUGAAGGAGUGCCAGAACAAGCUUGAGCAGGCCGCUGCGUGGAGGCGCAAGUGGGAGGCGGCAGAGAGAGAGCUGGGCGAGGCGAGGCAGGAGCUGGCUCGCCUGGAGGUGCAGCAGCGGCGCCUGCCGCAUCUGGAGAAGCAGCUGCAGGUGAGUCCUUUCCACAGCGUAUGCGUUUCCUCCUUCCACUGGGUAUGGGUGCCGUCCGUGGCAAGCCUACCUGAAGCGGGCAUGCGCUGCCUCCUGCUCUUCCAUGAGCGAGAGCUGGCUCGCCUGGAGGUGCAGCAGCGGCGCCUGCUGCACUUAAAGAAGCAGCCGCAAAACCUGAAGGAGGAGGUGGAGCGGUGGAGAGGCAAGGCGGAGGAGAUGCAGCGAGAGGCGGAGGAGCAGAGGUCGAGAGCCAAGGUGGCUGAGGUCAAGAAGGCGACGCUUGAAGAGCUGGUGGCUUCCCUCACGAAAGAAGAAGAUAGGGAAGAAGGCGACAGCGAUGGCAAGGGGAGAGAGGACGCGGACGCGGAAGGGGCGGACGAGGCGGAAGAAGAGGAGGAGGAGGAGGAGGAGGAGGAUGAGGAGGAGGAGGAGGAGGAGGAGAAGUGGAAGGACGAGAAGGUGAAUCAGCAGCUGCAGGUGCUGAAAGAGGCGUACCAGGAGUUUGAAGGCAUCAGAUCCUCGUGUGAUGAAGCAGAAACAGCUUCUGCAGAAUCAGCCCCUGAGGUGCCUCAACAGCAGUGUGAAGGCAUGAACGCGGCUGAUCCCCACCACUCCGCCUCUGCCUCCACCCCAGCCCCGGCGGUUGGGGGUGCACUAGCUGGGUACCAGAUUGGCACACCAGGGGCUUGGGGAAGACUGAGUCUGACGGCAGGAAAAGAGAGUCUGGGAGGAGGGGCAGGGAGUGCGAGCACGACGGGGAGUGCGGGGAGCGUGGGAACUGUGGGGAGUGCGGGGAGUGCGGGGAGUGCGGGGAGUGCGGGGAGUGCGGGGUACGGACAGAACGGGGAAACGGCGAGGGUGAUCAAGGGCCUGCAGUCGCAGCUGCGGGCGGCGCAGCGCGAGAGGGACGCGGGGAGGGUGGAGUGCGCGCGGCUGGGUGAGAUGGUGGCUGGGCUGCGGAGGGAUUUGGUGAGGUUGGAGGAGGCGGAAGGGAAGGCCGGGGCGGAGGCCGCGGAGGUGAGGAGGCAGCUGCUGCAGGCGAAGGAAGAGCAGAAGGCAGAGCAAAAUCCCUUCUUGAGACGCCUCAAAAACACUUCUCCCGUCCCCCGCUCCUCCGUCGUUCCCCAGGCGGAGGCUCUGCUGGCGGAGAGGGAGCAGCGGGCGGCGCAGCUGAUGGCAGCAGAGGGAGCUCGGCUGGAGGGCGAGAAGGAGAAGGCCCUGCUCGCCGCGGACCUCUCGUCCACCAGGGCGGAGGUAUCCCGGCUGGAGAGGAGCAUGGCAGAGUCUGAAAAGCUCUCCAAGCAGUGGCUAUCCUCGCUACAAGCAGAACUCGCUGUGGUUAAAAUGGAGCUGGAUCGCAAGGAGCGCAAGCUGGAAGAAGCUACAAGCGAGCUGAACGUUAAGAUUAGGGAGUGCGAGAGGAUGGAGAGGGCCUUGGAGAAGCAGCAGGAGGCUUGGAACGGAGAGGCGCAAGAGGCAGCGGUGCAGCUCGUUUCAGUGCGAUUGGACCUGGCUCGUUGCUGCUUUGAGCGUAGUGAGGCUGAGCGGGAGUGGGAGGAGGAGAAGAAGGCGAGGGAGGAGGAGUGGGUGGCUAGGGAGAAGGAGUGGGAUGAAGAGAAGCUGACGUGGAUCAAGGAGCAGCUGACGUGGGCAGAAAAGGAGCGAGAGUGGGCGAAGGAAGCGGAUGAGCAGAGGGAGCACGUGGCAUGGCUUGAGACGAGCCUGUCAGGAGCAGAGCAGGAGAAGUUGGAGCUUCUGCAGGCAAAGAAAGAGGCGGAGCAGGAGAUGGAGGAGGUGGAGAUGGAAAGGGAGGAACUGGAGCGGGAGAGGAGGAGACUUGAAGAGGUGGUGGUUGCUCUGCGAGAUGAGGGACAGCGGCUGGAGCAGGAACUUGAAGGGGUACGGAAGCAGGCGGAGGAGGAGCGGAAGCAGGCGGAGGAGGAGCGGAAGCAGGCGGAGUUGGAGCAGCAGGCAGUGCAGCAGGCGACGCAUGUGGCCCAGCAGGAGUGGGAGCGGAAGGAGGAGCAAUGGGGUGAGAAGGAGGGCACCUGGGCUUCUCAGCUAGAGGAGUGGACACGGAAGGAGCAGCAGUGGGUGGCCUGUGAGGCGCGGAUGGCAGCUCAGGUGGGCAGCUUGGAUGAGGAGAUCACUGCGCUGAAAGUGGCACACGCAGCGGAGCAGCAGGCGUGGGCGGAGAAGGAGUGCAGGUGGGCGUCUGAGGUAGAGGAGUGGACGCGGAAGGAGCAGCAGUGGGCGGGCUGUGAGGCGCAGAUGGCCGCUCGUGCGAGGUGCUUGGAUGAGGAGAUUGCUGGGCUGAGAGAAGCGCGAGCAGCGGAGCUUCAGGUAUGGGCGGAGAAGGAGAGGCAGGAGCAGGGACGAGUAUUCUCUCUGGUAGAGCAGUGGCGGCAGACGGAGGAGCAGUGGGAGGCAGAGAGGAGGGAGAUGGUCGGCAAGGGAGAGGAGGUGUCUGCUCAGGUUAGGCUCCUGACUGCAGAUUUGACUUCUGUGAAACAGACGUAUGAGGAGGAGCAAAUGCAGUGGGCGGAAGAGAAGAGGAGCCUUGCUGUCGAGGGGGAGGAGCUGUCUGCUCAGGCUGCGCUUUUGACUGAAGAGUUGGCUGCUGUGAAGCGGGCUUACGCAGGGGAGCAGCAGGAGUGGGCGGCUAAGGGGAACGAGUGGAGGGCGAGGGCGCAGGAGUGGGAGGUUCUUGGGCAGCAGCAGAGGGUACGGUUGGGAGAGAUGGAGACUGCGUUGGAAUCUGUUAAGGCAGAGAAGGCUGCUGUGGAAGAGGAAUUAGAGGAAACGAGGCAGGAGGGGAAGGAGCUAACUAGGGCUGUUGAUGCUCUUGAGUGCGAGAAGCAGGAGCUGCUCGGAGCCGUUGAUUUAUUGGAAAAGGAGCUGGCAGAGAUGCGGGAAGAGUGGGGAGAGAAGGAAGAGGGGUGGAAGAACGAGCAGGUGAUGCAGGAGGAGAAGAUGAGGGAGAUCCAGAGGGUGUUAGAAACGGUACAGCAGGAACAUUUGCAGCAGGGAAGGGAGUGGGAAGGUAAGGAAGGGGAGUGGCUGGCAAAGGAGCAAGAGUGGCAGGAGAAGGAGCAGGCGUGGCAUUGCAGGGAGGGUAUCCUGGGUGAGGCUCUUGCAGCAACGGAGGAGGAGUUGUGUGUGGUGAAGGGAGAUCUGGCAGCGAAGCAGCAGACGAUAUCAGCAGUAGAGCAAGAGCUGUGCGCUGCGAAGGCAGAGCUGACAGCAAAGCAGCAGACGAUAGCAGCAGCGGAGCAAGAGCUGCGUGCUGUGAAGGGAGACCUGGCAGCGAAGGAGCAGGCUUGGGCGUGCAGGGAGGGCCGUCUGGGUGAGGCUCUUGCAGCAGCGGAGGCAGAGUUGUGUGUGGUGAAGGGAGAACUGGCAGCGAAGCAGCAGGCGAUUGCAUGCUGGCAGGAGAAGGAGCAGGCUUGGGCGUGCAGGGAGAGUGUUCUGGGUGAAGUUCUUGCUUCAGUGGAGGGGGAGUUGUGUGCGGUGAAGGGAGAUCUCACAGCGAAGGAGCAGGAGUGGGUGGAGAAGACCGGGGUGAUGGAUGAACAGAUGGCAGCUCUGCAGCAGAAUUUGGCAGCAGCUCAGGCUGACGUGGACACGGCUAACGGUGAGCUGGCAGCAGUGAGGAAUGAGCUGGCAGAGAGGGACCAGGAGCUGGUGGUGAUGGAGAAGAGAUGGGCUGAGAAGGAAGCGGCAUGGGAGGAGAAAGAAGCAGGAUGGGAGGAGAAGAGGGUAAUGCUUGAGGGGAGGGUGUCAGAACUCGAAGGGAGCAUUGCAAGCAUGGAAGAAGAGAGGUCAGAUAUGCAGCGUGAGAUGCAAUCCCAGCAGGAGGAAUGGGCACAGAAGGAACAGCAGCUGCUGCUGGUGCAGCAGCAGCAGCAGGAGUCGGCUGCAGGGGAUCUAUCAGCAGCAGAGGCAGCAAGGGAAGAGGCGGAGGUGCAAGGACGAACCUGGCUGGUUCGGGCAGAGGAAGCAGAGCAGAGAGAGGAGGGUCUGAAAGCGGAGAUAGAUAUUUUGGCGAAAGAAGCAAAGAAGAGAGAGGAGGGGCUGAGGGAGGAGAUGGAUGGUUUGGUGAAGGAAGCAGCGGCAAGGCACCAGAGGGUGGUGAGAGACUGGACUGAGGCGCGUGGGAAGCUGGAUAUGGUUAAUGCGCGGUUGAACGCGGUUCUGGGAGAGAGGGAUGGGUUGAAACGGGAGUUGGAGGGCGUGAGUAGGGAGUUUUGGAGGGAGAGGGAGGGGUGGGUGAAGGAACGGGCGGGAUUGGAGGAGAAGGUGAGGGGUUUGGAGGCAACAGUGAGGGGUCUGGAGGAGGAAGUGAGGGGUUCAGAGGAGUCAGUUGCGCAGCUGAGAGCAGCGGUUUCCCAGCUGCAGGGGCAGAAGGUAGCAUUGGAAGAGACAGUUGGAAAGCUGAGGGAUUUGAAUGUGGAUCUUGAGCAGGCAAACGGGCAGCUUAUGGGAGGCAAUGUGCAGUUAGAGGCGAUGAGUGGGUUGGAGGAGGAGAAGAGGGACGUGGAGAGGCGUAACGAGGAGCUGCUAGGGGAGAGUGAGCAGCUGAAGGGCAAAUUGGCGCAGGCUGUGACGGAGAAGGGAGAGGUUGAAGCGGAGAGGGAGGAGCUGCAGGCAGCACUGAAACAGGUGCUUUUGGAGAAGGGAGGGGUUGAAGCGGAGAGAGAGCAACUGAAGGGCGAGUUGGCACAGGCUCUGUUGGAGAAGGGAGGGGUUGAAGCGGAGAGGGAGCAACUGAAGGGCGAGUUGGCACAGGCUCUGUCGGAGAAGGGAGGGGUUGAAGCGGAGAGGGAGCAACUGCAGCAAGCACUGGGACAGGCGCAGACAAAGACAGGGGAACUUGAAGCCGAGAGGGAGCUGCUGCAGGCGGAUAUUGGUGAGUUGGAGAGGGAAAUCGAGCAGGUGAAGUCUGAGAACGAGGUCAUAGAUGCGGCUAGGAAGAGGCUGGAGGGAGCAUUGGAACAGGCGCAGAUAGAGACAAGGCAACUUGAAACUGAGAGGGAGCAGCUACAGGCGGGUAUGGGUGAGGUGGAGAGGGAAAUUGGCCAGGUGAAGGCUGAGAACGAGGCCCUAGGUGCAGCUAGGAAGGGGCUGGAGGGAGCAUUGGAACAAGCGCAGACAAAGGCAGGGCAACUGGAAGCAGAGAGGGAGCAGCUGCAGGCAGGAGUUGGUGAGUUGGAGAGGGGGAUGAGCCAGAUGAAGGCUGCAAUUGAGGUUCUGGAUGCCACUAAGAAGGGGUUGGAGCAAGAGAGGGAGAGGUUGGAGGGUGAAAGGGAGAGUUUGCUGGCUGAGAGGGAGGGUCUUCUGGGUGACAAGGCUGGGCUGGAGAAGGAGAGGGACGGAUUACUUGAGGAGCGGGAGGUGCUUCAGCAGGAGAAGGGCGAGUUGGAGGAGAGGGUGGUGAGGGCUGAGAGGGAAGUAGAGGCAGGGAAGCAGGAGAGAGGGAGGUUGGAGGAGAGGGUGGUGGCCUUGACAGUGGAGGGAGAGGAGCUGACGGUGAAGGUAGGGGAGCUUGAAGCUGAGAGGGACGGAUUACUUGAGAAGCGGGAGGUGCUUCAGCAGGAGAGGGGUAGGUUGGAGGAGAGGGUGGCUGCCUUGACAAACGAGGGAGAGGAGCUGGCCGUGAAGGUGUUAGAGCUGGAAGCUGAGAGUGCUCGACUGGUGGAGCAGAUAGGAGGCUUGAACGGAGAGAAGGAGGCGUUGAUGGUUGAAAAGGAGGCGUUGAUUGUGCAGCACAGGGAGCUGGAAGGUGAGAAGGCUGGCCUGGUGGAGCAGGUUGCAGGUUUGAGGGGAGAAAAGGAGGCGUUGCUGGCUGAAAGGGAGGAAUUGGUGGAAGGGAAGGCAGCAGUGGAAGCUGAGAGGGAUGGGCUGACUGUGAAGGUAGGUGAGCUUGAAGCUGAGAGGGAGGAACUGACAGUCAAGAACGGGGAGUUUAAAGCUGAGAGGGAUAGGCUGAAGGUACAGAUAGCGGAUGUGGAGGCUGACAGGGAGGAACUGAUGGUGAAGCAGAGGCAGCUGGAUGGUGAGAGGGUUCGCUUGAUAGAGCAGAUUGGAGAUUUGAACCGAGAGAAGGACGUGCUGAUGGUCGAGAGGGAGGAGUUGAUGGAGGAGAAGGAAGCAGUGGAGGCUGAGAGGGAUGGGCUGAAGGUGAAGCAAGGGGAGCUUGAAGCUGAGGGAAAGAGUCUGGUGGAACAGAUUGGGCGCUUGCAGGCAGAGAAGGGGGUGCUAGAGGCAACUGUGGGACGGCUGCAAGGUGAGAAGGCCGGUUUGGAGGAAGUGGUGAGAGGUCUGACAGAGCAGAAGGAGUUGGUUGAAAGUGCCAACUGCGAGAUCAAAGCCUCCCUGAGCGAGAGCAGGAGCAUUGUGGCACAGCUAGAGACUGCCCUGGAGGAGCGGGAGGGUGACAUAAAGAGGCUGGAAGGCACAGUGCAGCAGCUAGAGCAGGAUUUGGAGGAGCGGGAGGGCGCAAACUGCGAGCUCAGAGCCUCCCUGAGCGAGAGCAGGAGCACUGUGCUGCAGCUUGAAAAUGCACUGGAGGAGAGGGAGGGUGCCGUGAGGAGGCUGGAAGGCACAGUGCAGCAGCUAGAGCAGAAAUUAGAGGGUGCAAACAGCGAGCUCGAGGCGCUGGUGGAGGAGAGUAGGAGUACGGUGCAGCAGCUGAAGGAGACUUUGGGAGAGAGAGAGAGUGCUGUGAGGAAGUUGGAGGGGACUGUGCAGCAGCUAGAGCAGAGAUUGGAGGAGCAGGAGGGCGCUAACUGUGAGCUUGAGGCGUUGGUGGAGGAGAGUAGGAGCACAGUGCAGCAGCUGAAGCAUACCUUGGAGGAGAGGGAGAGUGAUGUGAGGAAGUUGGAGGGGACUGUGCAGCAGCUAGAGCAGAGAUUGGAGGAGCAGGAGGGUGCUAACAGCGAGCUUGAGGCUUUGGUGGAGGAGAGUAGGAGCACGGUGCAGCAGCUGAAGCAUGCACUGGAGGAGAGGGAGGGUGCUGUGAGGAGGCUGGAAGGGGCAGUGGAGGAACUGGAGAGGGAGAGGAAGGUGGGAGAGGAGGAGAUGAGUGCAAUGAAGGUGGAGCGAUCAGAGCUAGAGGCGUCCCUGCUGCAGCGUCAAGUGCGACAGGUGGAACUGGAAAGUAGCUUGCAGGAGAUGAAAGGAGAGAAGGAGAGGUUUGAAGCAAGGCUGCAGCAGGCGCAGCAGGAGCAGCAGGAGAUGCAGCAGCGACUGGAGAGGAAGGAGGAGGAGAUGAGAGGCCAGCAGGAGGAGUGGACCCGGGUGGAGCAGCGAUGGGAUGCGGAGAUGAGGGAGAAGGAAGCUGCGUGGAGGGAGAUGGAGGGGAGGCUGAGGGGAGAGGUAGCGGAGAGGAACGGGCAAGUUGGGAGGCUGAAUGGGCUCGUGGAGGGGUUAGAGGGGCAGAUGAGGGAGGAGAGAGAGCGUGUUGUGACUCUGACUGGACAAGUGAAUGAGCUUCUGGAGGUGAAGGGGCUGUUAGAGGAGCAGAGGAAGGGGGUUGUGAGGGAGAAGGAGCAGCUGGGAGAGCGAGUGAGGGAGUUGGAGGGGAGGGUGGUGGAGGUGGAGGAGGAGAGGAGGAAGGCGGUGCGGGAGUGUGAGGGUGAGAUAGAGAGGAGAGGAGAGGAAGUGAGGAGGUUAAAUGAGGAGGUGAGGAGGAUGGGAGAGGAUGUGAGGGAGAGGGAGAGGGAGAUGAGGAGGCGAGAGGAGGAGGUGGUGGUUGCAAUGGAGGCGGAGAAGAGGAGGGUGAAGCAGGAGUAUGCGGAGAGGGAGGCAAGGAGGGAGGAGAGGAUGGAGAGGGAGAUUGCCAAGAUCCAAGCUGCUGUGCAGGAGGAGAAUCAGACGCUCAGGCAGAAGGUGGAUGGGCUGGAGCAGAGGCAGCAGGAGAUGGAGCAGAGGAUUCAAAGGGAGAGGGAGCAGCUGCAAGAGAGCCAGAAGAAGCUUCAGGCUUUAGAAAACCAGCUUAUGGAGAAGGAGAAGCGCAUGCAGGUUGCAGAGCAGCAGCUUCGGGCCGAACGUGAAAGGAUGGCUCGGGAGCAGCGGUUGAUUUCCCAGGCCUUGUUCGAUGCCAACCUGGAGCUCAUGCACCGCUCAAAAGGCUCCUCAUGA